UCGCAUACCCCGUCCACGUUCACAUUGCGAAGCACAAACCAAAUAAAAAAAAUAAACACGCGCAGUUUUUAAUAAUUCUUACUGAACCGUUUUUUUGAUGCGGAGUCGGUUUGUUGGGGCGAGCAAAAACGGUGAACGCCAGAAAAGCUACGUAAAUCGAUAACACACCCUCCCACAACACAGCCAGCCCACACACCACACAAAUCACAAUGGGUCAGACUCUGUCCGAACCGGUGACCGCCAAGGAAUCCUCCUACUGCCAGAACGCCGCCUUCCGCGUGGGCUCCAGCUGCAUGCAGGGAUGGCGGAUCAACAUGGAGGAUUCGCACACUCACAUCCUGUCGCUCCCGGACGAUCCAGGAGCAGCAUUCUUCGCCGUGUACGAUGGACAUGGAGGAGCCACGGUGGCCCAGUAUGCCGGCAAACACCUGCACAAGUUUGUUCUCAAACGACCAGAGUACAAUGAAAACAUUGAACAGGCAUUGCAGCAGGGCUUUCUGGAUAUAGACUACGAGAUGUUAAACAAAGAGUCAUGGGGUGAUCAGAUGGCCGGCUCCACUGCCGUAGUUGUUCUGGUCAAAGACAACAAGCUAUAUUGUGCGAAUGCUGGAGACUCUAGGGCCAUUGCUUGCGUGAACGGACAGUUGGAGAUCCUUUCGCUGGACCACAAGCCCAACAACGAGGCAGAGUCCAAACGUAUAAUCGAGGGCGGCGGAUGGGUGGAAUUCAAUCGCGUCAAUGGCAAUCUGGCACUUUCCCGGGCACUGGGCGACUUUGUCUUCAAGCGGGCAAACAAAAAGCCGGAAGAUCAAAUCGUCACAGCCUACCCGGACGUGGAGACACGCAAGAUCAUGGAGGAUUGGGAAUUCAUCGUGCUGGCCUGCGAUGGCAUUUGGGAUGUGAUGAGCAAUGCGGAAGUGCUUGAGUUUUGUCGCACCCGCAUCGGCAUGGGUAUGUACCCGGAGGAAAUCUGCGAGGAACUGAUGAACCACUGCCUGGCGCCUGAUUGCCAAAUGGGCGGCCUCGGCGGUGACAAUAUGACUGUGGUUCUUGUCUGCUUGCUUCACGACCGUCCUUACAGCGAUCUGAUAGCCCGCUGCCGGAACAGCAACCAGGCGUCCAACGAGAAUGACUUAGCUGGCAAGGUGGCAAAGGAUGAAGCCGCCGAAGAUGAGGCGGAAACCGAUACCGAAACAGAAACACAAUCCAAACCCUGCCAGAAGCAAUCUAAUUCCGGUUCCACGGACGACGAGAAAAAGCUGGAGAAAGAGUCACAGGAUGCGCUGCUGGCAGCGGCCGAAAUGCAGCUAAACUAUAUAUACUAGUGCGCCUUACGAUUAAUUAGGGUUACUCCAAUACCGCUUAGGUCAACUCUUUAUACUUAACAACGCAAGUGUUCUUGGUUAAGUUUUAUAUAAACACAACAAACAAUCGUACACAACACAGUCCUUACCAAAAUGUUUGCUCCGAUUAAUAAUACUUGUUUUAAUUGUAACCCCACGAUGCGUGUAUAUACAUAUAUGCCUUGUCUAACUAUAUAAUUGUAUGAUUUACUAUAUUUUGUGAUGCCCAAGCAAAAUGGAUUAAAAAGAAUUGUAUUACUCGUUUAGUAUUUAUGUACCUAAAUAUACUUGUCAAAGUUGUUUGGGAUUGAUCUUUAAGAAAAUAGUGAAGAGUUUCAAAAUUAAAAAUAAAGAAAAAUGUUUUGUAGUGCCCAAGAAA